CUGGAACCACCAUUUACGUNNNCAGGGAUCGAUUACUUCGGACCAUUUCAAGUGAAGGUUGCCCGACGGUCGGAAAAGAGGGAUUGUUCCUUUUCACAUGCUUCAGCAUCCGUGCGGUUCACACUGAGCUCUUCUCGAACUUUGAGACUGAUUCUUCCCUAUGUGCAUUUGGCAGGUUCGUCGCUUGAAGAGGAUGCCCAGGAAGGCUCUACAACCAAAAAGAUAAUGAACGACAGACCGCUGGUUAAGAACAGCGCGGACCAAAGCAAAUAUGCUGUGCUCACUACGCAACAUUUUUGCUGA